GACAGCGAAGCAAGUGGACUUCACAGAGGUCUGCAUGUUUGGGUUUGGUAAGCUGACGCUCUCAUACACGGGCAGCCGUGUCGGGGCUCAUCCAUACCCUAUUUCUCGGCAACUAAUUUUUUUUCAACAGAGGAGUGAUAUAGCCUGCUCUGACGUCUGCAUCAGAUAUUACCCAGUGCUUUUUCAAUGUGCAUUUUCCCCUCAGUGACUUUGCGCUGAUCUACAUCAUCAUCGGCAGCAGCAGCAGCAUCAGCGGGGGCAAAGGGAAUUAAGAUUUGUUUUGUUGUGUUUUAGAAGAAGCCCACCGCUCCCUCUGCGUCCGGCAGCGUCCCCAGCUCUCACCGAUAUCUUUGAAGAGCAUCACGUUGUGGAGUAGUCUGGCGCCCUAUCCUCGCUGGAACCAUGCCUCUUUUGCAGAUUAGGACUGGGAAACUGUAUCCACCGAUUUGAUCAUCGCUGCCCGCUGCUGCUGCUCAGUCAUUCAUGCCAGUGUUUGUGUUUUUCAGGAGAGCACUUGUCAUCACUUUUAAAAGUAUUGUGUGCGCGUUUUUUCAGCAAGAUGUCUGAUCUUCUGGUGUUGAUCGAGGGGCUAUGUGACUUGCACGGAUUUCCAUAGCUAAGGAAAAACAGCGGGGGCCAAUUACCACGUUUGUUUGCAAAAGAGCCACAAUUUCCCCAAGACACUGCAUGCGUAGAUGUAGGCUAGUCUACUGGACAUUCUUUAGAGGCAAUUAUUUUUGAUUGCCACUUUUAUUUUGUGUGUUUUUGGGAGGACCACUGGACUGGUUGGAUUAUAUGAACUAUAUCUAGCAUACGGAUUUGUGGAGAUGUUGGGUCGUCAAGAAGAUAAAUUAUGUGGAAUCUUCUCUGCUCUGGCGGCUUUGUCCUUCGUAUGCUUUAUUCAAAGCUCCUCUGGAAGCACAGGAAUGUCUGUGGCCAAGACCACUGUGGACAAGUUGCUGAAGGGAUAUGACAUCCGAUUAAGACCUGAUUUUGGAGGUCCUCCAGUCAUUGUAGGAAUGAGUAUCAACAUAGCCAGCAUAGACUCCAUCUCAGAAGUCAACAUGGACUACACCAUCACCAUGUAUUUCCAGCAGAGUUGGCGGGACAAGCGUCUGGCGUACGGCGAGCUGAACCUGAACCUGACUCUGGAUAACCGCGUGGCAGACCAGCUGUGGCUCCCUGACACCUACUUCCUUAAUGACAAGAAGUCCUUUUUGCACGGCGUGACAGUGAAGAACCGCAUGAUCCGGCUGCACCCUGACGGCACCGUGCUGUAUGGACUGAGGAUAACGACCACAGCUGCCUGCAUGAUGGACUUGAGGAGGUACCCCCUGGAUGAACAGAACUGUACACUGGAAAUUGAGAGCUAUGGAUACACCACAGAUGAUAUAGUUUUCUUCUGGCAAGGAGGCAACAGCGCUGUGACAGGAGUGGACAAGUUAGAGUUACCUCAGUUCUCCAUCGUGGACAUUCGCUUGGUCUCCAGGGAGGUCCGUUUUAUUACAGGUUCAUAUCCAAGGCUUUCACUGAGUUUCCGGAUUAAGAGAAACAUUGGCUACUUCAUCUUGCAGACGUACAUGCCCUCCAUCCUGAUCACCAUCCUCUCCUGGGUCUCCUUCUGGAUUAACUAUGACGCCUCUGCCGCUCGGGUGGCCCUGGGUGUGACUACGGUGCUUACCAUGACAACCAUUAACACCCACCUUAGGGAGACUCUCCCGAAGAUCCCGUACGUGAAAGCCAUCGACGUCUACCUCAUGGGCUGUUUUGUCUUUGUGUUCCUGGCCCUGCUUGAAUAUGCCUUUGUAAAUUACGUGUUCUUUGGCCGGGGUCCUGCCCAACAGAAGAAGCUCAGUGAGAGGCUGAACAAAUCCAACAACGAGCGGACGAGAUACGAGGAGAAACGUCUGAGGGAGCAGGACUCCAUUUCCGUGCCGUAUCAAACCAACACCUUCAGGUCAUAUACACAGCGAAGAAAUGUGUAUCUCGAGGAACAAAGAAAAGUUGGGGUGGAUGCUUAUGGGAACAUCCUCCUCACCACUCUGGAGAUGAACAACGAGGUGAUGCCCUCAGAUGUGGGCAGCAGCGUCAGUGACUCUCGGAACUCCGUCAUGUCCUUUGACAGCUCCGGGGUGCAGUUUCGGAAGCCCAUGGCACCUCGGGAUGGCUUCAGCCACCACUCACUAGACCGUGCAGCCAUGCGCAGCAGGGCUAACUGUCGGCUACGGCGGCGCUCCUCCAAGCUCAAGUUGAAAAUCCCCAACCUGUCAGAUGUUAGCACCAUUGACAAAUGGUCCCGGGUCAUUUUCCCCAUCACCUUUGGAUUUUUCAACCUAAUCUACUGGUUGUACUAUGUGAAUUGAUGUGCAUCCCACUAGGAAUCAUGGGCCAUAUUUUGAGAGCACAUUAAAUUGGCUUUGAUACAGUUCCAAAAUAUGUAUACACAUAUACAAGUUGAACAUAUGUAUAUGCAUAUUUCUAUAUAUUAUAUUUAUAUAUACACAUGUGAAAUCAGAAGGACCAUUCUGCUGUACAAAGUAUUAAUAGGAUGACUUGAAUGUUUAAGAAUAAUUGUGAAAGAAGAAUUUCAAGGCUUUGAGUUUCUUUUUCCUCCUGAAACAAACACAAGACCUCACUACAGUGAGGUUUUUGGAACUAAAGACUGCAUGAUAUUUUUGCUAAAAAAAAGAAAAAAAGUGAAAUCUCCUGAGAGAGAAAACGAUGUCUCAGAAUCGCAUUGACUUUUUAUUGAUACUUAUUGUAAUCCAAAUCCUCUGCAGCUCUGAAAUCAGUGGUGGCUUGUCUGUUCAGGCAUCAGCUGAGUGAGAUCCCCUUCACCAGUCACAUGACCCAUUACCUGCGGAUUACAUGCACGGAAACCCUCUGCUUCUACUAUGUACAGCAAUCUUGUUUGGAUUUCGUGUUGUUUUUGAAGUGAUAUUGUUCUUUAUGGGACAUUAGCUCUGGCCUUUUGGUCUUCAUUUGAGGGCUUUGGAUUCAACUGUGCCCAGAGUCGACGCAAACUUGCAAUCCUUUUCUUCUUCUCAUCUUCUUUUGACAACAUGUCCAUGGGGGUUUCAUUAUGGUUAAAACAAAAUGCUGAAUAUUGUAGAUAUAUGAUUUUGUCUUUAAGAAUACUGUGAUUUCCGAGAGUGUCAGAACAUGUUCUAGCGCUAGGGCAUUAUUAGCUUAAAAAAAGAUUCAACUGUAUGCAUUAAUCAUUUUGAUUGUUCAAAACGCAUUCUGUGCAUUUUAUCAUUUAACUAUACUUGUAUUCUUUCUUUCCUCCUAUGGUUGAGUUACAUUGUUUUAAGCACUGAUGUCUUAUCCUGCUUUCUGUUCACAGAGAGGAAAAUGGGGUUGGGGAGGGCAGUGCUUUUGUGAUCAAAAUGAGUGUGUUUUUUAGACACAACAUAUCAGCCCACAGUUGGACUAGAAGACAAAUGGUAAUUUUGUUGUUGUUAAUGUUGUUUUAUGGCAUUUGUACAUGUGUUUAUGUUAGCAAGACACUUGUAUUUAUUUGACUAAAAUUGGGCAGCCCAGUGAGAAGGAUAGUUCAAAUUAGUCCCAUCGAACAACUGCUCUGGACCUAUUAAAAAUCAGUGCAACCAGGAGGAAUUCCAUGUGGAGAAAAGGUACUAUAAAUAGCCAUGAAACAACCGAAAAGGCCUAUAAUCCAUAUGCACUGUUGUUUAUUUUCUACAACACACACAGGGCUCAGGUUCAUUAGCAGACAAACUGAUUUACCAGAGAAUAUAGCUUACGUUCUAGAUACAAUUUGAGUAGUUUUAGGUUAGGCUAACUGUGUUAUUUUAUGUGCUCACCAAAGUUAAAGACUAACAGAAAAGCCUUACAUGCUUUUCUUAAGCAACAUCACCUUAACCAUUGUCAUCUUCACUUGAUAUAGCUACUACGUGCGUUCACCGUGCAUUAUUGGACCUCAUAGCAGAAAAAUACGAUUGGGUUGUCCCUGGGGAAAUACACUUCGAAAAUCCAAAACAGGGGAGACGGAAGCAGAGCAGGGUAAUACUCCGAAGAUUGACAGACUAUCAAUUUAGCAAAAAAUAAAUAAACAUUGUAAAAAAAUUUAAGAAAUACAGCUCA